AUGUCAAACGAUGGCGAUUUAAACAUUGACAAUUUGAUCACUCGGCUCCUGGAAGUCCGUGGAUGUCGUCCUGGAAAACCAGUAACCAUGUCGGAGGCAGAGAUCCGCGCCUUGUGUCACAAAUCUCGUGAGAUUUUCCUGUCGCAACCAAUUCUUCUGGAACUCGAAGCACCACUCAAAAUCUGCGGAGACAUUCACGGACAGUACAAUGAUCUUCUCCGUUUGUUCGAGUACGGAGGAUUCCCGCCAGAGGCAAACUAUCUCUUUCUCGGAGACUAUGUCGAUCGUGGAAAGCAGAGUUUGGAAACCAUCUGCUUGUUGCUCGCAUACAAAGUGAAAUAUCCAGAGAACUUUUUCCUUCUCCGUGGAAACCACGAAUGUGCCUCUAUCAAUCGUAUUUACGGAUUCUACGACGAGUGCAAAAGACGUUUCUCAAUCAAAUUAUGGAAGACUUUCACCGACUGUUUCAACUGUCUCCCAAUUGCUGCACUCAUAGACGAGAAGAUCUUCUGCUGCCACGGAGGUCUCUCCCCAGAUCUUCAAAACAUGGAGCAGAUUCGCCGCGUGAUGCGACCGACUGAUGUCCCAGAUACUGGAUUGUUGUGCGAUUUGUUGUGGUCCGAUCCAGACAAGGAUGUGACUGGAUGGGGAGAAAACGAUAGAGGAGUUUCGUUCACAUUCGGACCAGACGUUGUUGCCAAGUUCUUGAAUCGCCACGAUUUGGACCUAAUAUGCAGAGCACAUCAAGUUGUGGAAGAUGGAUAUGAGUUCUUCGCGAAAAGACAGCUCGUGACACUAUUCUCUGCUCCGAACUAUUGUGGAGAAUUCGACAAUGCCGGUGGAAUGAUGAGCGUUGAUGAGACGUUAAUGUGCAGUUUCCAGAUUCUGAAGCCGUCAGAGAAGAAAGCGAAAUAUCAAUACCAAGGUAUGAACAGCGGGCGGCCGGCCGUAGGCGGAGGACGACCUGGAACGACUGCUGGAAAAAAGUAA